UGCUUCAGCUCUCCUUCCCAGGCCUUGCAGGAGCAGCUGGGUUGCAUGCAGGUGGAGUUGCUCCUGUCCAGACCGUGUGGGGCGGUGGUAGGGAAGCUGCAAGAAAUGGGAAUCUGGCACAGAGGCCCACAUGGAGCCCUUCUUUCAAAGAUGCUGGAACCUGGAGCAGCUGAAGGCCAAUGUCCCCAAAAUCACUCACAGCUUGGCUCCUCUGUCUCUGAAAUGCAUUCAUUAUGUGAGUACCCAGACAGUUCCUCCUGCAGUACCCUGUGUUUCUAUUUUGAGACAUACCACAUUGUCCAUGAGAGAUGCUGGGAAGGGAAGUGAGCAGUGUGGGGGGAGGACACAUUCAAAGGCACCCUGACUCUCUUGCUGCUGUCACACCCCCAGCUGCUGGGCCCUUACUUCCCACACGCCCCUGCAGACGAGUUUCUGGAUGAGAGAAGCAGGUCCUGCGGAAAGUCCAGAAAUUUUGGGGCAUGCGUGGGUGACCGCAGACAUGAGAGAGGUGGGGGUCCCUCGCCAGGACCUCACUGACCCCCUCUCCCUGGUCCCCCCGGGGUGGUCCCCGCGGGCUGGGUGUCCUUCACCGGGGCACAGCCGCCCGGAGCCGGGGAGGUGCCUGACCUCAAGCCCGGGGCUGGGGUGUGGGACAGGCCCGCGCGGGAGGGACGGGCUCGGGUUACGGCCUCGUACAGAGAUGAGUGGAGCUGCGGGUUCCUGGUGCCGCGGCCGAGGGCUAUUAAAGGGGCGAGCACGGGCGGCUGCGGGCCCCGGCAGCGCCCCGGCCAUGGCGGGCCCGGGCAGCGACGGGGACCUGCGGCGCCUGCUGAAACUGCACCGCACCGAGAUCGCCAUGGCAGUGGACGACGUCUUCCCGCUGCUGCACGGCCUGGCUGACCACGAUGUCGUCCCUGACCACAUCUUCAAGGAGACGCUGAGCCGGGCGGAGCGGGAGGGCUCCCACCGCGCUUUCCACGCGCUGCUCACCUGGCUGCUGGGCCGCGACGCAGCCGCCGUGCGAGACUUCUGGGCCGUCCUCUUCAAGGACUACAACCUGGAGCGGUACUCCCGGCUCCGGCCUCUCCGCGGCGCCUUGCCCAGAGUCCCUGUUGUUCUUGCAGAGGUGGAGCUGGGGCGGCAGCGCCGUGGAAGGCGUCUCUCCCCAAGCCCCACAGCACCGGCCCCACACAGACCCCAAGGCAAGAGGAAAGCCCCUGAGGAGCGGGACAAGGCCCGGGCGGCACAGCCCGCUCCACGGCACGGCGCCAGUCCUGGUAUGGAGACCCAGAGCAGGAUGGAGAUGGGCAGGGUGCUGUCCCCGAGGUAUUGUGGUGUGCCCCCCGACACCCAUCCUCACAAUGCUGCAGGGCCCCUGGGGAAGGCAAAGACUGUGAAGAAGCCGGAGGGCACAGAUACCCCCCGCACCUCUCGUGCCAGCGCUCUCCAGGCAGUGGCUGCCUCGGUGCAGAGAGCAGUGGCUGUGGCAGGUGGCGAGGUGCCCGUCAGCCGUGGGGCCAUCGAGGGCAUCCUCAUUAAACACGUGCUGGACCCAAACAGCUCCAAGACAGGCAGCAGAGCUGGUGAUAAGCCAUAUACCCCAACUGCCUGCGAGGAGCCAGAGGCCAGGAGCAGAAGCCACAGCCUGAAGCCCCCAGCCCAGCCCAAGGCAUGCCAAAGUAACAGGGAGCCCCAACUGCACCCUCAGGGCCAGCUGCAAGCAGCCACUGUCUACAGCCAGGACCCUGUGCCCCACCAGGAGAACGAGGAUGAGUGUGCAGCAUGCGGUGAUGGUGGUGAGCUCAUCUGCUGUGACGGCUGCCCCAGGGCCUUUCACCUUGCCUGCCUGGUGCCCCCGCUGCCCCACGUCCCGAGCGGCACGUGGCGAUGUGGCUCCUGUGUGGAGAACGUGACUGAACCAGGCCAGCUGCUGGAGGCGGAUCUGCCUGUGGAGAGACCCCCCGAGAUGCUGGGGGAGGCAGCACGGGACACCCAGCCGGGGGGAGCGGAGGGGAGCGUCUGCAGCCGCUGCUGCACGCGGAUCCCCACUCCCCACCACUGUCCUGCUCCCACUGGGGACCCCAGGGGGCUGCUGCUGUGCAUGUCCUGCACGGGCACGCUGGACACAGGCGGUCUGGGCACCACUGCAGCAGCUGGAGAACAACUGCUUCCAGCAGCCAAGGCAGAGGACGGAGCCCUAGGAGGGGACCCUGUGCUGAGCCGGGAGGAGCUUGAUGCGCUGCUAGGUGAGAGCACGUGGGAUGGGAUCUUGCACUGGGCGUUCCAGACCAUGGCACGGCCGCUCGCAGAAACACAGGAGCACCUCGCCUAGCGCACAGACCAAGCAGCAAACUCCAUAUGGCAAGUCAUGAAAAACCACCCUCUGAGACACAUGUAAAAUAAGAUGAAAAACUACAUACUAACGGCAUAACAAAGCCAGAGAAUACAACACGGAUGGACAACAAAAUAUCCCAAAAUAAGCACAGACGAAAACGGCAGGCCAAAUCCAGUGACACUCAACAGAGAAAAAAAACAAUUAAAAUGUGCAAAAACAACAUAAGAGAGAAAAAAAAAUAACAUGAA